UGCUGUCUUAACGUGAUGUUUGUAGUUUGUUUUGAUUUUGACCUUAUUGUUUUAAUGUGCUCUAUUGGAUCUUAAAUUUCAACUUUUUAUAUUGGGCAGGUCUCUCUUUUAAAAGAGAUUUUUAAAAUCAGUGAGACUCACCUGGUUAAAUAAAGGUUAAAUGAUAAUGCAGAAAUAAACACACGUGUGUUUUCUAUAUUAAUGAAAAAAUCAUAGCAGGUGUCUUCAGCAGCCACAUAAGACUGUGAGCAGGAAAACUGACUUCUGUUAAGGGAAAGUUCAGUGCAUGUGUGUGAGUGACCAUAAACAGGUCUGUAAGAUCUCAUGGACUCAUCUCCAACAUUCUGCACACUCAGAACUCGCUCGCCGACCUGUUGUUGGAGUAUCUGGAGGAGCUUGAUGGUGAAGAGCUGAAGAAGUUUAAAUGGAAACUGAGUCACACAAAGUAUAAAGAGUUAAAGCCCCUUCCCAGGGGUCAGGUGAAGGACUUGGAUAGAACAGACCUCGCCGACACGAUGAUAAGUUCCUACAUGGAAGUUGGUGCUCUUGAAGUCACACUUGAAAUCCUGAAGAAUAUGACCCUGAAUGACCUUGCUGAGAGACUGAAGGAAGACAUGCAGAUGUGUAAACAAGUAGGAAGUCAGCUGGGUGACGUAUCAGAGAAAAGGAAGCUCAUGCUGGACAGAAUAAAAUGUAACCUGAAGAAGAAAUUUGAAUGUGUAUUUGAAGGGAAAGCUAAGGAAGGACGGCCAACACUUCUCAAAGAGAUUUACACUGAACUCUACAUAACUAAAGGUGGUACUGGAGGAGUCAAUGAUGAACAUGAAGUGAGACAGAUUGAAACAGCAUCCAAGAAAAGGCAAACAGAAGAUACUACAGUCAAGUGCAAUGAUAUAUUUAAACCCUUAUGUGGGUGUGAGACACCUAUCAGAACUGUACUCACUAAAGGGGUUGCAGGUAUCGGGAAAACAGUCUCUGUGCAUAAAUUUAUACUAGACUGGGCAGAAGGAAAAGCAAACCAGGACAUUCACAUCAUAUUUGCUCUUCCUUUCCGGAACCUUAAUUUGGUUAAAGGUGAAUUCAGUCUGAUUGAACUGCUUCACCAUUUUGACCCAGAACUAAAGUUAUUUCAAUCAACUGAGCUGUUUAGGUACAAAGUCUUGUUCGUCUUUGAUGGUCUGGAUGAAUGUCGCCUUCCUCUAGAUUUUCAGAACAACGAGAGCUGGUUUGAUGUUACAAAGAAAACAUCACUGGAUGUGCUGUUGACUAACUUAAUUAACAGGAAUUUGCUUCCAUCCGCUCUCCUCUGGAUAACCUCCCGGCCAGCAGCAACCAAUCAGAUACCUCCUGAGUGCAUCGACCAGGUGACAGAGAUACGAGGGUUCAGUGAUGCCCAGAAGGAAGAGUAUUUCAGGAAGAGAUUUAAUGAUGAGAGCCUGUCUAAAAGGAUUAUCAGACAUGUGAAAUCAUCAAGGAGCCUCUUCAUCAUGUGCCACAUACCUGUGUUCUGUUGGAUUUCAGCCACUGUUCUUGAGAGUCUUUUUUGUGAGACUGACAGUGGAGAAAUUCCAAGAACUCUGACUGAUAUGUACACACACUUCCUGAUCUUUCAAGCAAGUUUAAAAAAUGACAAGUAUAGGCUCCAGACCUCUGCGACCCAGAAUAGGACAAGCUGGUACAGAAAACUGAAGGAUGGAUGGAUGAAAAAAAAUGAAACCAAACUUAUUAAACGCUUCCUUCUAAAACUUGGUAAACUUGCUUUUCAUAACCUUGAGAAAGGCAAUCUCAUAUUUUAUGAGAAAGAUCUGGAACAGAGUGACCUUGACAUCAGAGAAGCUUCAGUUUACUCUGGAGUGUGCACAGAAGUCUUUAAAGAGGAAUAUGGGUUGU